AGGUUCCAUAAUCACCAAGCCACAUAAAUGGGUAUCACCAUUGAUUGAAUUACCUAAUCUGAUGCCCCAAGCGGCAUCACUAGUGAAACCAUUUAGGUACUUAGUCAGACCCCGACCUUAUCGAUAGCGUCAUUGAAGCCUAGGCGUGUCGAUUUGUCAACGUCUCUGCGCUGUUUCGAAGCACGUACAUUAGACGAAUAUAAAGUUGCAUCUUCCCAUCUUCCGACUGUCUUCGCUAUUGCAAGCCAUCCUUCAUGCGCCUUCCCCCGCUCGCAGUUAUUAUCCGCGCGCUUUAUACUUUCUCCAAGUUCUCCAGACCACGGGCUUAUCAGCGCCCCUCGAAGAACCCCACUUUGAAGUCGAUGCCAUCUUUCCCCUUAUUUGGUAGUCUCUUCAGCUCGUCCGCCUCGGCAUCCAAGAUGUCUCACCCAGAUGAGCGGACACCAGACGAGUGGCGUGCUGUUCUCAGCAAGGAGCAAUUCCGCAUUCUCCGAGAGAAGGGCACUGAGCCGGCUGGAUCCGGGAAGUAUGACAAGCACCUUCCCAGUGAGGGUGUAUAUACCUGCGCCGGUUGCAAUGCGCCGCUAUACAAGGCCAACCAUAAGUUCAAAUCCGGCUGCGGGUGGCCAGCUUACUUCGACAGCAUUCCUGGUGCUGUAACCCGACACGAGGACAACACCUGGGGCAUGGCGCGGACCGAAAUUGUCUGCUCCAACUGCGGAGGCCAUCUUGGCCACGUCUUCAAGGGCGAGGGUUUUCCGACACCCACUGAUGAGCGGCAUUGUGUCAACAGCAUCAGCUUGAACUUCUCGCCGGAAGAUAAACCGGGACAGACCAAUGAUAAGCCUGAGAGCAAGGCCUAGAUCGAGGGUUCCAGUGCUCUGGCUGCUUUGCUAUUGGGAGCGAGAUGUGACGAUAGGUAUUCACCAAGGUUCGACGAGGACAACGCCCCGAGCCAUAUGUUAUAUACUUGUCUCGCAAUGUUAUCUUGCAUUCAUGAGAUACCCCUGUCUUUAGACACUGUUGUGGCUUGCUACCCAUGGACUGACAAAUGCUAUUUUCGGACUUAACGGCUGACGGGCUGAGCUGCCAUGUGAGAUGCUUUGCUUAAUAAUAACCUAAUCCUGUUAGUUUGUAAUCAAUAGUUAGCAACGGACCUAUUCCCCCAACUCCUACUGCCGAUCUGAUGUCACUUCCUUGGGCAGCUGCUGCGACAGGAU